CUAGUCGCGGCCUGGAAACAGACCGCGGCUGGGGCUUUGGACCGUGUCGUGCCUUUGCGGCCUCUGACCCGGCGUAGAUCCCAACCGGCUCCUUGGUUCUCCAAGGAGCUGAGGGGGAUGAAACGCCGGAGAAGACGCCUAGAGAGUUUGUGGAGGUCCAGUCGUUCAGAGGCUGAUCGGACACAAGUGAGGUCCUAUACUAGGGCCUACCUUGUGGGACUGAGGGAAGCGAGACGUUGCUACGUCUCGUCCCUCAUUGCGUCGGCAGAUAACCGCCCGGCCGCCCUGUUUCGAGUAACUCGUUCCCUCCUUCACCAGGGGGAGCGAGAUGACCCGUUGCAGGGACGUGCUGAGGAGUUUAACGGUUAUCUAUACGAUAAAAUCGUUCAGCUUUGGGACGGUCUGGACCAAAAUUGCGAGGAUCCAGAUGGGGCGUUUGAGGGCGGUCUUGGUGACAUUGUGUGGGAUGAGUUUGAUCCUGUGGCUCCCGAGGACAUGGACAGGUUGCUGGGUAGGUUGAAUGCCACCACGUGUUUACUGGACCCGUGCCCCUCCUGGUUGGUACUGGCCUCUCAGGAGGUGACACGAGGCUGGCUCCAGGGGAUUACGAGCGCUUCUUUGUUGGAGGGAGUCUUUCCGGCCGCCUUGAAAGAGGCGGUGGUAAGGCCCCUCCUCAAGAAGCCCUCCCUGGACCCGGCUGUUUUAGGUAAUUAUCGUCCGGUCUCCAACCUUCGCUUCGCGGCGAAGGUUGUUGAGAGUGUGGUGGCAUGUCAGUUCUCCUGUAUGCUGCUAAGAGAGUCCAAAGCAAUGGGUUGUUAACUUCAUCUGAUUGGCCUGAGACUGAGUUGAAUUUGUUUAAACACGCCUCCUCUUCCUGUUUAGCUCCAGUUUAUUAACUCAGUCGGCCAUAGAGAGACUACCUCCUUUAGCUCCAUUGCUUUCGACUCUUUUACCAGCACUCAGAACUUCAAAAAAAUUAGAAAAAAAUUCCAAAAAAAAGUUUUAAAGUGCCCAAUUUUUUUCUCUUCAUUGCUGGGAACCGGAGCGGCAGGGAAAGAGGCUCGCGCUUCGCGCGCAGCCCAGCGCCGCACAGCUGAGCCGCCCAAAGGCCGGUGGCCAUUUUUUCUUCAAUCCAAGCCCCUCAAGCCUCGUGGGAUCGCCGGAUUGAGGAACGGACAUCGCUGGACCUCAUCAAACUGAUUCUCAGAUCAGGGCCACUAUAUUAUUUGGGCAUAUAUUCCAAGGCCUCUAAUAACCACUAGGCCUCAUUUCCAAGAUGGCGGAUCGCAGCAAAUCUCCUUCCCGGGCUUCUGCCUCGCCCUCCCAAGGACACCUUACUAGCGUGGCUCCUCCCCCUCACAAGAGCAGAUCCAAAUCAAAGGCCUCUGCCACUAAAUCCAAGUCUUCUACUUCUCUCCAAUCCUCUGCUGCUGCAGAGAGAGAUGCCUCCAGAAGACAACGGGCCUUGGAUAGGCAAUUUGAUAAAGCAAAACUAAAAUUAGCUGAGGAAGGCAGGGAAACUUCUGUCCCACUAAUUGAAGAUUCUCCUCUUUUAAAUCAGCCUGGAUGGUCUCCCACUAUCCCUAGUGGUUCAGGAGGAAACCAGGAAACAAUUUGUUCAGUUUUUGGAGAUUCUUCUACAGCCAUGCCUGAGCCUCCACAUCAGGCACCUUCUGCCACCUUCACUCCCACAGCAGCGGCAGUCUCCCAUAGAGAGGACAGUAAUCCUGCCAUUUCUCAGGAUAUACGUCAUCUUAUUAUGCAAACCAUUUCUCAAGGCAUUGACGAUGCUUUCACUCAGAGAGGUUUCCCAGCUCCAUCCCCUUCGGGCAGUUCUGACCAAAGACCCCAUUCUGAGAGCCACCCUCCCAGACCUUGCGCACGGCGCACACGAUCUCCAACCCCUUCACAUCAUAGUGAGGACUCCUUUUUGGGGGAGGAAGAUAUAGCAGAGUAUAAUCUGUCUGAGGACGAAGAGUCUGCCCCAGACAAGCCUGCUCCUACCGGCCUUUUUCGCCAUGAACUUUUCUACACAUUGCUACACAAGGCGAAAGUUACGGCCAACAUGGGGGUUGCCUUACGCCAAUCUGAGGGAGAUUCAGAUCCGUCAGACCCCAACAAAUUCCUUUUUACUGAACCAGUCUCAGAGCAACGGGUAAUCCCUUCACCCAAGCUCUUCUUGGACACCAUCCAACGUCAAUGGGGUCACCCAGGCGCCAUUCCUAAUCCCAGUGGCGCAGACAAAAAGAUGUACAUGACGGAUCAAGAUCUGGAGGACCUCCUCAAGGUCCCUACCGUAGACACCCCAAUUGCCACUCUAGCUUCUCCCUCCAACAUCAUACCUUCAGAUGUAGCAGACGGUCUCCGAACGGAGGACCGCAGGGCGGAACUCUCCACCCGCAAAACCCAUCAAGCGGCCGCCUGGGCUAUCAGAUCUGCCACAGCAGCCUCAUUCUUUGCCAGAACCUCCUUAAUAUGGCUCAGACAAAUGCAGGAGAGGGUUCCUCACGAUGAUUCCAGAUUACAUCAGGACAUAAACAAAUUGAUAGCGGCUGCUGAAUACACUGCGGAUGCCACCCUUAACUCUGCAAAAUUUGCAUCCCGAGCCCUUGCCUCCAGCAUCACCUCCAGGAGGCUGUUAUGGCUCAGACAAUGGCAAGCCGACAUGAAGACCAAAUGGCGGUUAGCGGCUGCCCCCUUUAAGGGUGGAUCUCUCUUUGGGGAAGCCCUAGAUCCUAUUUUAGUUGAGGGAAAAGACAAACGUAAGAUCCUUCCCCACGUCUCCAGACGUUUAGACAGACGUCCUUCUCUACCUUACCGCAGACAGCCUUUUCGCGCCCAGGAUCCCGGGUUUCAAUCCCCGGCCCAUCAACGCUCCUUCCAACCUCCCACUGACAGGUUUCAGGACAGACAGUCUUUUCGUGAUAGGACCAGACAAUCCCAGACCAGACGUCCCUAUCGCGGAUCCGGCUUCCGACCUUAUCGCAGGAACAAAUGACUAUCCCGGCCAGGAUCCCAUCGGCGGUCGUCUCACCAAGUUCGUCCCUACCUGGUCCCACACAACAACCGAUGCCUGGGUACUGCAGACCAUCUGUCAGGCUACCUCCGACUAUAAUUAGGAAAGAAUUCACCUUGACUUCAUUUGGAAUAAAGAAAAGUACUUUUACUAUUUACAGUCUUGAUAGCAGCUAAGUAAAGUUGGAUCUGAGACAAAAUAUGGCUAACAUAUCAUAUCCCCCCAAUUGUCCCUCCUCCUCCAGGAGGUCAGGCUGGUCUGGGCCAAUGCCAGCUCCUUCUCGGCCCCUCGUGGUAAUCUUCUUCCACAGGUCUCUAGUUGUCAGUCAUCUUAGGAAUGCAGUGUCUGUUAGAAAAGCCCGCGCUGAUAACACUCAGUCGUUAAUCACCCCUCCCCCACUGUUAUGUCAGCCGACACUCUUAAUAGGCUCCUUUCCCUUACCCUGUACGGUGGUAUGAUACAUCUCAUUUCCUUAAUAGUUUUAUAAUACAGAAAUAAACAUUUCACAUUCUAUCUACUGAUAUAAUCAU